AUGGCGUCCAAUUCGACAGACAGCCCAUUAAAUGACACCCUGUAUUGGAUUGGUCCCAGUAGCGCGAUUUUGGAGCAUGUCAAUGCUGGUUAUGACUAG